GAGUCCAGUGUUUCUCACCACAUCAUGAUGCAAGAUUUUCCACGUAGUGUGCUGCGGAAGAUAAUGUAUCCCUCGCAUAGAAAGAAACGCUGCGUCAUUUUCAUCGUUUGUUCGAUCGUCCUCAUCUUCAUGUUACAGAUGAUGUUCAGCGGGGACGACAAGUUACUGCUGUCCUUCUACGAAACCUACGUCAAACCGUUGCGGUUAACCCCCAGGGAGCUGUUUCACCUGAGAGCCAACGUGGACAACAGCACGCGGGAGCAGCUGCAUGACGUGGUGGGUCGAGUGUACAACCUUCCGCCACUCUACAGCAUAGAGAAACGUCCGUAUCUGGCCAGUAAAUGCGGCAAAUAUCCUAACCUCGUCGACUUGUCCUUCAGUAACGUCUACUGGCAAGUCUUUCACUCUAGCGAAGGAACGUUUUAUUUGUACAGCGCCUUCUUCGAUAACCGCACCCUCACUCGGCCAGGGCCGUCUGUACGCAUCCUUGGCAUGGUGGACCGAAUCAAACCUGCCGUCAAGGCUCACUGCCAGCUGUGGUACGAGGGCCAGGGUACUCCUGUGGUAGCCAAGGUGAUCGAGUAUCGGUACCUUUGGGUCAGGAGCUGGGGCAACUAUAGGAACGGCAUCCUGCAACCAUACUUGUUGCAGUGCGUCAUUCCUGAAUCACACAGGCAACGAGUCCCGCAGUCAGUCUCACUGGUGGAAGGACGCUGCGACCGGUCCACCAACAACCUACGAGUGGUCCACAAUCUUCCACCUGAAGGACAGAAACAAAAUUUUGCCAUAUGUGUAAAGGGAAUGGCUUUUUCCGAUGACUUGAGUGUCAAAUUAGUGGAAUGGUUAGAGCUACAGUUCCUGUUAGGGGUGGACAAGGUCUUUCUCUACGACUUAGAAGUCCAUCCCAAUGUUACCAAAGUGUUAAGAUUUUACGAAUCUCAAGGUAGAGUUGAUCUGAAGAGUAUGACGCUUCCAGGUGAGCAACCCAGCGUUCGUGGGCUUAUCAGGUCAUAUAUUAACAAGAAAAUUACACACAAGCGGCAAAAUGAAGUGAUUCCGUACAAUGAUUGUUUAUAUAGAAAUAUGAACCUUUACAAAUUCAUUGUACUGAUCGAUACUGACGAAGUCAUCAUGCCCAGAGCAGUCUCAAACUGGAAGGAGCUGCUGGAACAAGUGGCGCCACAAGUCAUGUCGAGAGAGGGUCAUCCAUACGCCUCUUACUACGCACGCAACGUGUAUUUCUUGGAUUCAAUGCAGGAAAAGCACGGGUGGGCGAUGGACGUGCCUCGUUUCAUGCACAUGUUGCAACACCUGUACCGCGCUGCCAACUACACAGCAGCCACAAGUUACAUAAAAGCUUUCCAUGACCCUCAGCUGGUGCUCACGCUACACAAUCACUUGCCUUUUUCCUGCUUGACACCCCAGUGUCAUUACUUCCGCAUCCCAACAAAGGUGGCUCACCUUCAACAUUACCGUGUGCAGUGCGUGUCUGAGCUUAAAAAAGUGUGUCCGUACUACAGGAACCACACCGUCCUGGACGACGAUAUCCUCAAGUUCAAGGAGCCUCUGCUGCGCGGCACACUCCGCACGCUGCAUCACCUCGGGUUCCUGCAGGAAACAUGGCGCGUAAAUUAA